AUGUCAAUUCCAGGUACAUUUGAUAAAAGAGUUCAAACAAACGUUUGUAGAAUAUAUGGUGGAACAUUAGCAGUGGUCAAUUCGGCGGAGGAGAACAAAUUCCUAAAUCAAACUAUUUUACAAAAAACAGGAGGAUCAACCAACGAGAGCUACUGGUUAGACGGAACGGAUUUUGAGACCGAGGGAACAUGGAAAUGGUCAUCAACAAAGCAGGAAAUGGCUUAUAAGAAUUUUUACCCCGGACAACCAGAUGAUCAAAGUGGUAACGAGGACUGUUUAGCUAUAAGUACUGCUCACAAAGGACAAUGGGCUGAUAUGCAUUGUUAUGAGAAAUUGUUUUCCAUUUGCGAAAAGGAUUCAAGUGCUGGUGGAACCGUUGGGUAAUUGAUAUAUAUCAACAUCAGAAGCAGUGUUUGCAUUUUCCAAUCGUGUUUACAUUUACCAAAG